CAGAAGCGUUCGGAACGCCGGCAACUCCAGUCGCAUCGAGACUGUCGUGCGAGACUGUCGAAGCGCGCGCGAGACUUUCCCGCCCAGCAAGAGUUGAAGUGAUUUUCCGUGAACGCUGUGAAGAGCAUCCUCUCGAAUUGUUUGUCCUCUCUUGUGGGUGGAUUCACACUGGCAGUGCUUCUUGUACAGUGUCUGGAGGACGUCGACUCGACGAGCAAAAAGUCGCUGGAGCAUUUAUGCCUUUUCACAAACUAUAACACCCUGACAUUAAUGAUGAGUGAAAGUGUACUAAAACUUAUAAUUGUCUUCUCGGAGAGGGAAUAAUUCCGCCAUCAUCGUGUCUGGGUUGAGGAAAAUCAACAGUGUGCUUUCUCGUGGGCAAAAGAAGUAUUUCAACUGUGGGUUUUUAAUGGCAUAUUUUCGCAUCAUCAGAGCUUUGAUGUGAUGGACUGCGAAGUGGUCUUGAACGCAAAAUCUCAGUGUUGUCGAAUCCGGGUGUGAUUGGUAAUUGAGACAAUUGUGAGUGAAAUCUUGUGAAAGCACUGAAUCAUCUCAAUUCUGUUGCCCUUCUCCUCCCUUGCUGUUCUCGUCUUACCACGAAUUUAUUGGAUAAACAAGAAAAUAAGGAUCCUCCAGUCUAUACAAUUUAUGUGAUGUGCAUUCAGUGGUUCGACUGACCAAAAAUAGACGUUCACCAUUUGUGCACAUACGUUAUUCAACAUAAACAAGACAAAUACAGAAGAGUAUAGAAUAGGAAGGAGUGAAGAAUCCAAGACGACGCCAGAAGGGAAUCCUCUGGGGAAUAUUUCGCAGCUGAGGUGUAAGUGGGCGAGAGGACUGAAAAUCCGUGUUUUGUGUCCGUCGCAACAAAAGACUUUUGCCCGUGUGGUGAAGAAGAAGGUGAAAUUUCGCCUGCGGGUUGAAUUUCCUGGCAGAAAAGGCCACAACUUUGAAUUCUUCCGCGGGGAAACGGAACUCCCUUCAACUGCACCGAAGGGAGAAAGAGUGACAAAAACUACACCUAUAAAAUUGUGUUGAGAUUGAGAAAAAGGAGUAAAAAUUUGAGUUUUUUUAUUCAUACGAACCACCAACACGAAUUACACUGCUUUUUUGUGCUCAAGAGAGUUUUAAAGUCACACUAAAUCGUGUCAUCCACUGAAUAGAAGGGCGAAAGAGAGAGGGAGUGAACAAAAGGGAAAAAAAUAGAGAGAGAGAGUGUGGAAUUGAAAAAGAAUAAUAAAACGUGAAUUGUUCGAGUAUCUCUUGUUUAAACAACAAUAAUAUCCCUCGAAAAAAUUUUCAUAUUAUUUCCCAACAGUUGAGGAGGCGCACAAAAAAAGACCUAAAAGAUAAAUAUUUACAUAACUUUUCAACCCCAAGGGUGCUCCUCAGUGAAUAUGUGUGUAUUUUUUUAUCUCCUCUAACUAUACACCCAGUGCUCCACCCUCGAGACAAAUGAAAAACAAUUAAAGCACCGGAACAAUCUCAUCAGCAUCAUCCCACAUUGUUCGUGGUGGUCGCCUGGAAAUUCUGUGCUGCAUGUUUGUAGCCCUCCACAUCCACUCUUGAAUCAUUCAUUAAAAUGUGGCACAACACUAAAAUCAGUGCUCCAGCGUGGAGGCGCUUCAUUGGCUUUGGGGUGCUUCUGCAGAUUAUUGCUAAUUGUGGUCUGGGCACACUUGCACUCCGCAAUGUGACGCUAAUUGUUGAUCCACCGGCUGUUCGACGCUCCCACAAUGCCAAGUUGCUAUGUCUCUACGAUCUCGAAGGUGCUCCUCUCUACUCAGUCAAAUUCUACAGAGGCUUAAGGGAGUUCUAUCGAUAUCUGCCCAGCGAGACGCCAAAGAACAAGAUCUUUCCUUUCCCAGGAAUACAUGUUGAUUACUCCCUCUCCAAUGCCAGUCAAGUGGUUAUUCGGAAUGUAGGCUUCGGAUUGUCUGGCAAUUUUUCGUGUGAAGUAUCAGCUGACGCACCAUCCUUCUCCACGGCGAUGGCUCACAUUCAGAUGCAAGUUGUGGAACUCCCAGAGAAGCAGCCCUCACUUUGGACUGAGCACGACAGGUAUGAGCCAGGUGAUGUACUCAGAGCCAAUUGCACCUGUCCACCGUCACGACCGAAAGCUGAUUUAACUUUAACUCUCAAUAAUAUUGUGAUAAAUCACGGGGAGACGCAGUACUUCUACACCACUGACAACCUCAUCAUGGCGCACGCAAGCCUCCGCCUGCAACUCCAAAGCAGCCACUUUGGCGGCCCGGUUCCCAGUGUGGGCACAGGCCUGGUAAUGCGGUGUACCGCCGAAAUCGGGAACCUCUAUCAAGAGUACACGGAAGUCGAGCUUGGAGUGCCGCAGCGGGAUCCAAUUCCAGCGCGAGUGACAUCAUCUCGAUCUCAUUGUCAUCACGCAGAUCUCCGGCACUUGCUGUUUACUUGGAUUGCAUCAUUUGUGAUGGUGCGUUGCGUCAAUGUGAGAUAGUUACUCUACUAUUAAGUACACUUCUUAAGAUUUAGCAGCAGGAAGAUGAGAAAAAAAAUUGUGAGACAAUGACACAAUGGAAUACUCCACUUAGAAGCUUCUUGAUGAAUUUAUAGGACAAAGAGAGGCGAUGACGUGUGAGGAAAUUAUUAGUGAAGAGUUUGUAUGCGACAUUGAGAAAUUUUUAGUUAAAGAAAAAUAUACGCAUUUUAAUAGACAAUUAAUGGUGUUGCAUAAGGAUGAAAGACAUGAUUUCCAUUACAUCUAAGGUAAGGCAGCAGCGCAGUAAUCAAUAAAAUAUGUGUAGGUAGAGGAAUAAAAAAGAGAUCAAAAGAAAGAAUGUAAAUAUUCAAGUUCUAUCUCACAAAAUGAUUAAUUCCUUCUGAAGAACUAUUUUUCCCCCAUACUAAAGAUUAAUUGAAAGUGUUAUAUUUGUAUAAUCAUAUCUUAUGGUAAGACUCAAUGCAGAUGGUAAAAAUAGAGAUACUUUAAUGUAAAUGGCUGUCCGUCCUCGAAAGAGCGAUUACUUCAUCGAAAGCAUCUUCUAUAUAAGAUUAAGUGUCUCCCGCUGUAAGAAUUCAUGCGCGACAGUACAUAAAUAUUUCACAUCAAUGGAAUUGUCAAAUAAAAUGAAAUAAUUGACAUAGAAACUAUCCAUAUAAAAUGAUUCCUUUAUUUAAACAAAGAGCUCCAUGCAAUGUUAAAAUGUUUAAUAAUUUCGUAAAUGGCGAGGAAAAACAUACAACUAAUAUCCGGAAAAAUGUCGAAAAUUAAUUGAAUUUUAAUGUUUAUACAAUAAAAUGUAAUAAAGGACGAAAAGGGCAAAAAGUAAACAAUGGAAGGAAUUAUUAAAAUUACUGAUAUGAAAAUCGAAUAAGCCUAAAGGGAAUUAAUGUAUAAAUAUUACUAUUGUAAAAUAUCUAUAAUAUAAAUGAAUGGAAAUAAAUUUCAAACAUGAAUA